AUGUCCAAGACUUCCCAAGACCCCCACAAUCUCUCGGACCAGAUCGAGCCUGCUGCUUCUCGGUCUGAGAGAGAAGUGAUCGAUACCGAGGUCAAGACUAGCGAUGCUGUCUUUGGAAACAUCACAGACGAUGGGCCCAACUACCGCAAUGUUGGAUGGUUGGGAACCGCUGCUCUCAUGAUGAAGACGCAAAUCGGCUUGGGCGUUCUCUCGAUCCCGUCAGUCUUUGAUCUCAUGAUGAAGACGCAAAUCGGCCUGGGUGUUCUUUCGAUCCCGUCAGUCUUUGACACCGUGGGGCUCAUCCCCGGUGUCAUCCUCCUCUUGGUCAUUGGAACCAUCACUACCUGGUCGGCCUACAUGAUCGGUUAUACGGCAUGGACGACGGGGCUCAUCCCCGGUGUCAUCCUUCUCUUGUUCGUUGGAACCGUCACCACUUGGUCGGCCUAUAUGAUUGGUGUUUUUAAGCUCCGACACCGUCAAGUAUACGGCAUUGACGAUGCAGGCGGCCUGAUCUUUGGGCGCAUUGGACGUGAGGUCUUUGGGGUUGCUUUUACCCUUUUCUCGUCAUCAGUCUUGACCUUUGCAUCUGCCGCAGCCAUGAUUGGCAUCUCGGUUGCUUUCAAUGCCCUUUCCACCCAUGGCGCAUGUACUGCCGUGUUUGUUGCAGUGGCGGCGGUUUUUGGAUUCACCUUUGCGAGUAUCCAGACGCUGGGUAAGAUUAGUGCGUUGGCAUGGAUUGGUGUUACUUCCAUUGUUAUCGCUGUUUUCACCGUAACAAUCGCCGUCGGUGUCCAGGGUAAACCUACGACUGCUUCUCAAGACUUCGAGGGCCCUUGGAGAACUUCCAUUGUUAUCGCUGUUUUCACCGUCACAAUCGCCGUCGGUGUCCAGGGUAAACCUUCGACUGCUUCUCAAGACUACGAGGGCCCUUGGAGCCAUUACGAUUACGAGCUUUUCAAGAACCCCACCUUCAGCGACGCUCUGGGAGCCAUUACAACACUCAUCUUUGCUUAUGCCGGCACCCCAACUUUCUUCAGUAUUGCGUCCGAGAUGAGAGAUCCCAAGCACUACACCAAGGCGUUGAUGAUGUGCCAAAGUGUCAUUACUGUCAUUACUUUGGCGUACAUCGUAGUCGGUGUGGUCGUCUACUACUUCUGCGGAUCCUAUGCUGCCUCUCCUGCUCUCGGCUCGGCCGGCCCAUUGAUUAAGAAGAAGGUCGCCUAUGGAAUUGCUCUUCCUGGUCUGCUGGUCACCGACCUUUUGGCCAUCCAUCUUGCCGCCAAAUCCAUCUUCGUUCGAGUCCUCCGUAACUCAAAGCAUCUGGCCUCCAACACCCCUAAGCACUGGACAGUUUGGCUGGGCUCAACCUUUACCAUCACCGUUGUGAAAAGCAUCUGGCCUCCAACACCCCCAAGCACUGGGCAGUUUGGCUGGGCUCAACCUUUGCCAUCACCGCUGUGGGCUAUGUGA